ACUUCCAUGAGUCAUAAACCUGUGACGUCGAUACGCGGAAACGUACAGUAGGAAGUGACGUAAGAAUUAGAGCGACGGAUUAACGGUUAUGAACCGAAGCAGACCGAAGCCGUUCGAGAGCACGCACGGACAGUGGAUCGGAAAAGGACACUAACCCUAAGACGAAGAAUGUAUGGACCCUUGUCCAAGCCACGAUCUUUCCAAUACCACAUGAUAUAACAAUGCAUUUGUAACACUCUCUAGACCGUACUGAUGCAGUAUGGGCUCUAAUGCCUCGGUGCUGCAGUGGUAUUGCAAACAUUGUACCUCCAUAAAUCCCACGGACAGCGGAUCUUGUAUAAGGUGCGAUGCAAAACGCGUCGUACUCCCAGAUGACGAAUUCUGGAGGGAACCAUUGCCUCAAAACUCCAAGGACGGUGUAUCCAAGUUCACACUAACUUCUCGAAGAGUGGAAAGCAGGGUAAACCCACAAGCUCCAACUUCCCCUGUUGGGGAUGAGCAGCACAUCUAUGACCUUCCAUGUGAUGAUGUUCCCGAGUCUGAGAGCCCACAGGGCCCCCAGAGCAAAAAGGGGCAUCGUGUCAGUUGGCAAGACAGCGUUGACGACGACGAUGACGACAACGAUGACUUUGACCUACCCGAUGACCUUCCGCCUCCGCCUCCGGAGCUCGUCGACUACGACGUCGACGAGGAAGAUGACUGCAAGAAAAAGGACGAGCCUUUGUACGUGGAGCUUUCCGAGUGCCUCUCCGCCGAGGACGCGCGGGACGGGGUUGUUGCAGGGGAGGUCAUCGACAGCCAUCCUUCUGGCAGCUACUUAGAUCGGACUUUCGUGAAAUGCAUCAAGAAAAAGAAGCACAAAAAGGACGACGAAGCAUCACAGUGUGAGAUGGCGGUUGCCCCGCGGCUGAGUGAUAAGUGGUACUGCUUCGGAUGUCAGGGUUGGAAUUCGUUGGCAAUUAGAAAGUGUGGCCGCUGUGGUGAACCGUUUUGUGACGACGUGGUGGCAACGGCGACGUUAGACAACAGGAAGGACUCUUUAGCGUCCAACGCGAGUUCAACGGCGGCAGAUUAUGAAACUCCGCCCGACACGCCGUCGGCGACGUUGAACGUGGCUCCCAGCCCCCUGCAGGCGGUGAAGAGGCAAGUGCCCCUGAUUCGAAGGGCGUUGAACAGGUUGUGUCGUUUUGGAGCGGAGAACAACCUGUCAGCAAUAGCCAGUGCUCACUCCGCAGAUGAUGUCACAAUGCUGGCACCUUGGACGUGCAAAAGAUGCGAGAAGGAGAUUGAUGCGGCUGCAGCUAGGUGUCCAACUUGCUCAAACCCUCGCCGGUCAUCCACGUUUCCUGCGUUGCUUCCCCGCAAUGCCUUCAGCCUGGGCUUCCUGGCCGAAGCCCUCACCUCUCCUCGACGGAGCCGCUCACUCUCCGAGGUGAAGGGGGUAGACGCGGGAUUUCGAAACUCCUUCCGAAGACGUCCGGCGACCGAAAAGACGGACAUGUGGGCGUGCCAGAAUUGCUCCUUUUCGUGCAAUCCUCUGUGGGCCACCACCUGCGACAUCUGCGGCAUUGCACAGAAUGCAGGGACGUCUCGCUGGGUGUGCGUCAAGUGCACCCUCAUCAACGCUGCGCAGGAGCGCUUCUGUAGCGCGUGCGGAGGAUCAAAGCUGAACAGCAUUACCGCAAAGAGAUACCAGACCUUAAAACCCCACGAGAGUUGGGAGUGCCCACACUGCACUCUUCGCAACCCGAACAACCUCGAAGAGUGCUGCGCGUGCUCGACGGCUCGGCCCUCUCAACCGGCCAAUGGGAGCACGGUGACGAGAACGGGCGUGAGAAACAAGCGCAUGGCAAAGCUCCUCGGAGACCCGGCGGAAGACGCCUGGGAGUGUCCUUCGUGCACAUUCCUCAACGAGGGCCCACACGCGGCAUGCAAGAUGUGCUGUACGUCACGAAGCCUGGUGUCCUUGCGACCCGAGGCUUCCAGACCAAAGGGAGCGUCGGGGAAGGGGGAGAGCGAGCUCAUGGAAGACCUGCGCCGAAUCGAAGAGAGUGAGGCGAGGGAGAGGUGGGAUCACAUAGUAUCGUUCUGCAAGACGAGCAAGGAACCUUUUGUGGACGAUUCCUUCCCUCCAUUGCUCAAGUCCCUCUAUUAUAACCCCGAUGAGCCUCGAGAGGAGAUAGCCGUAAAAUGGUUACGGCCACAUGAGAUUACUUGCGACCCGAAAGAAAGCAAAAUUCCAUGGACAGUCUUUCGUACACCCAUGCCACUCGACAUUUCCCAAGGCAUUCUAGGAAACUGUUGGCUGCUGAGUGCACUGGCAGUGCUUGCAGAACGGCCAGAGCUCACAGAACAAGUCAUGGUUACGCGGGCAAUGUGUCCCCAGGGGGUGUAUCAGGUUCGGCUCUGUAAGGACGGGCAGUGGACCACUGUCUUGUUGGACGACCUCUUGCCGUGUGAUGCAAAGGGCUGCCUCGUCUAUUCACAGGCUAAACGCAAGCAGCUGUGGGUGCCGCUGAUCGAAAAAGCAGUCGCAAAGUUGCACGGCUGUUACGAAGCAUUGGUGUCUGGCCGUUGCAUCGAAGGCCUCUCCACAUUCACAGGAGCUCCAUGUGAGAGCAUACCCUUGCAGUCUUCCGCUUCGCCAAAUGAAGAAGGAAUCGACGAAGAUCUCAUUUGGGCUCAGCUACUGAGCUCGAGAGCAGCUGGUUUCUUGAUGGGAGCAUCAUGUGGGUCAGGAAACAUGCAAGUCAAUGAUCAAGAUUAUCACACUGUUGGCCUUCGACCACGUCACGCUUACUCUGUACUGGACGUGCAGGACGUCGAAGGUGUCAGGUUGGUGAGGCUACGGAACCCCUGGGGCCACUACUCCUGGAAAGGUGACUGGUCCGACGGAUCUCCUCUCUGGACUCCAGUAAUGCGAGAGGCCCUCAUGCCUCACGGAGCAGACGACGGUGUCUUCUGGAUGUCAUUCAAUGAUGUGCUGAAGUUCUUUGACUGCAUUGACAUCUGCAAGGUACGACCGGACUGGAACGAGGUACGACUGCAGGGUGUCCUGCCACCUCAUACAGACAAGGACAGCCAGGCAGUCACACUGCUGACUGUCCUGGAAGGGACGGAAGUGGAAUUUGGACUGUUCCAAGAGGGACAGAGGAGUGCCGAGCGUUCGCGGCGUUGCCAGCUGGACCUUUGCGUGGUGGUGUUUCGUGCUCAAGAUCCCGCAGCUGGCCUGGUGGGACCGCUGGUGAAACACUCCAAGCGGCAGGUUCGGAGCUUUGUGGGAUGCAAUGCUGUUCUUGAUCCAGGUUCCUACAUGGUUGUCUGUUUGGCUUUCAAUCACUGGCACACAAGUCUGAACAAAAUAGACCAAUACCCCAAGUUCCUCCUCGCCAUCCACAGCUCAAAGCGCCUGCUGGUGGAGACCGUGAUACCACAUGCGAACGUCCUGGCAGACGCCAUCAUUAACCUGACUGUGGCCAAAGGGAGGAGACAUGAGGGCCGAGAAGGCAUGACGGCCUACUACUUGACCAAAGGAUGGGCCGGCUUAGUCGUAGUGGUUGAAAACAGGCUGCCAGACCGAUUUGUACAAGUUAUUUGUGACUGUUCAGAGAGCAUCAAUGUUGUGUCAACACGUGCCACACUUCGCACCGUAGAUAGCAUUCCACCACUUCACAGACAGGUGAUAAUAGUACUGACACAGCUAGAAGGCAGUGGCGGCUUCUCCAUUGCACACCGACUGACGCACAGAGUUUCAUUCACGGGGGGCCUCCACGACUGGGGGCCCUCGGCAACCAAUCACGUCCCUCCCAUUGAUAGGAAGGUGUACGGACUUCACACGCCACGGCCGCUCUGACCCUUUUGGUGCCCGUGGAAUAAUUUGCUCUACAUUCCUGUAUGUUUGCUGGAUCACCAGAUGGUGUGUAAUUGUGUAAAUUGGGAACUAGUCUAUAUGAGUGUGUUCUGUUGUGCGACACAAUAUUUUUACGACUGAUCUUUUUUUUUUAUCGUGUCCUGGUUAAUUCUCAUCUACAGUUGUUUCUAUUUAUAGUUUUCUCCGGAUUACGUGUCGUGCGGGAGGUAGUGCAAUGGUUUACAACUUUACCAAGCGCAUGUUUGACGCGGCGACAUUAGAGAGAUUUGUUGGGUGGAGUCCCGUUCUCGUGCUCUUCACCCUGUCCUGACAUACACUUACCUAGGAUGUGCAUAUGGACUGUUGAUGUCACAAGAUUGACAUGUAUUCAGUGAAACAUCGUAAAAUUAAAUCCAAGUUUGAAGCUUAGUGAUUACGAACUAAUCAGGAUGUCAAAUUUGCAAAGCCCAGGAUGCUGCAUCACAUAAAUGGCUACCAUGAUGCAUAUAUUGAGCGAGGUCAGAUGCAGUAAUAUAUUUUACAGUAGCAUUUUACCUGCAGUUUUACAUUCGCAGAGGCUGUACAAUCAGUGAACGAAUUUCCUCUCUAGUCAUGGACAUUUCACUGGAUUUUAAUUUGCAUACUAGACUAGUCACGCAUUGAGUGAGGGCAGUGGUCACUGCUGCAGUGCUGUUGCCAGCAAGUUUUUUGGUUUUCUGAUUCUGGAAGUGUGGCACUCUAUACAUUUCAGCAUAGGCCAGACCAGCCAGUUGCGUGUCUCAGUUGGUCGCGGAAAACAUUGAUUUUAGCAGUGUUAACGGGACUCUACCUCUAGCUGUACCUUGCUUUCUGUUUUUGGCUCUCAUCGUUCUACUUAUUUACUUUGUACUUUCGUACAAGGCGUCACUAUCGCCAUAACUAGUCGUGGGGUUGCGAAUCGUCAUGUGGGAGCACACUUUUGACAGAUAGUUCUUUUUAUACUAUUCUGUUCAGUGGUUAUCUCUGCUUACUGGAUAUACUGAAAACACUAUUGUAUCCAAAUUUCUGCCAAGAAUAUAAUUUUGUGUGUGCAUGUGUGUGAAGCGUCUACCAAUGUAGGAACAUACGUUGCUGAAUGGUGCUCAAGAGGGGUAUGAGUGUGCUCAUUUCUACAUACUAAAAACAUGUGAUGGGCUUGUACCAAACACUUUUGCUGCAAAUUUGAACAAUCCUAGCUUUUAAGGAUAGUGUACACUUGGAAUUAAGGUUUUACAUGCAGCUGAUUGCAUAAGGUGAGCGUUUUUGCUUGUGUGUUCCAUCUUUCGAAUCCUACAAGUGACAUGUGACGGACAACUAGUAUCUCUCAUCGUGAAGUUACGAUGUUUACUAUUCAAACUCUUGUUGCACAGCGGGGGUCGGUUAUAGUCAAGGCAACAGGAGUCACAGGCUGUGUCUGCAGUUUGCUUAAAAUAAGGACAUGGUACAUUCACAAGCCAAAUAUGAGCACAAUAAAAUAUGGACAUGAUCGACUACAGCAGGAGAUUUAAAUAGAUGGAAAAAAUGGAAAGCAAACAUGUAUUCGGUGUCUACUUUGAGUAAUCCAAUGCAGGCAGUUAUGGCAGCCAGAUCGUGAAGCAAUGAAAGCAGGUCAUCACAAAGACCACUUUGCUCAAUCUUGUAAAGAGUUGUUGUAAAAGGUGUAAAGGGCAUUGUUAUAAACUGCCAGUAGUGCAGGCAGCUACGCACUUCUGCAACUUCUUAUUCCACGCAGCCUUAGCCACUGAGAGCAGUAGGAUAUGGUCGAAGCAUAUGAGAUGUUAAAAAGAGUGAGGCUCUCCCUUUGUGGUGUCUCCAGGAAGGAUUGUAGAGCGUUGAACAAUGCAGUCUUGAUUGUCACGAAAAGGUGCAGCCCUGUUCCUACAAAAAAGCAGAUCCUUUACUUGACUGCCUGCAGGUCUGUGAACGAUCUCCGCUGUAGUACCAUAAGGGGGGAAUGUGGCUUUUAAAAUGGUAAAAAAAUGACUCAAAGUUCAAUUUUUCAAAAGCAUUUAUAUUGCGAAGUUUGUUAUCUGAGCUGUCUAUUCCCAAAGCAAAGCCACUCCUGCUAUUACCCAUCUCUCUGUGCCUUUGUUUGAGUAAUUCCGCAGUGUUUGGUACCAUUAUGUUCCCAAAUAAGUUAUCUAGGGGGAGGAGGAUUUGUAUUCAGGAACCAUAAUGUGAUUUGUUGUAUUCAAGAGAGGGACAUAGCCAGAUCAUUUUGAACCUUCAAAGUGUUCGUUACUCAAGUGUCAAAGUUUUGUGUACCUGCCACUUAAAAAAAAAGUGUGUAGAAAAGAAACAAAAAUAGCUUGACCUCGAGCAGUAACCUUAAAGUUGCGUGAAAAUCACAUUUUCAAAAUGACCUCGUGAUUAUUAACCUCUAAAAUCAAGUAGCAGUGAUACUUUCUUUUUUUGUUUUGUUUUUCACAUUUGUAUGAAAUUUGAACGAAUCUGAUGCAAUAUUUGAUAUAACCAUGUCAAAAUACAUGUUACUAAGGUUCCAUUAAGAAGAUGGUGAUAAGAAAGCACACUAAAUCAUAGUCAGUAAUGCAAAAUUACUUUUGAGUACCAGUGCUGUGUUGAAUUGCAAACUUAUGAAUGCAUACUAUUUGUUUCAACGACUGAAUUGUAUCAUGCAGUGGUAACAUACAUAUUAUCUUCUGUUAUGUAAACCAUAAGCAUUACUGGAUCCUUAAAAAAUGCAUUUUAAUGGAGACACUUCUACGUGUUGCAGCGUUCCUAUGAAUGUCAGUGACUUCUUAAUAGACACAGGGGGAAUAAUCCUAAUACAUAUUUUUAGCUCAACACUUAUAUACCAGUAGUAGGAUGAUAAAGCAUAUGUAGCAAUGAGUAUUGAGAUGAUUGCUAGGUUGCCAGUAAAAUACCGAGGCACAGACCAAGUUUUGCACCGUUCAAAGAUGUAAAAAUAGUAGUUUAAAAUUGUGGGAAGUACAGACAAACACCUUCUAAUGGGCUGUAACGGUUCGGUAUGCUAUGCGUAGCGAUUAUUUAGUGCACAGCUGUACAGUAUACCACAGAAGUAGCACCUAGUGGAAGCUGGCUGUUUUGAACAUUUGAACAAUUCACAAUUUUGAACAUAAUUGGAAAUGUGUAAAAUGUGCGACGAAGCUAAAACAAAACUCCUCCCCGAACCAUGUUGCUGACAGCACACAGCACAGUAAAGUUGCGCCUUCAGUUUAGGGAGGCAAGCUGGAUGAACUGCAUGGCAGAGUAUUGUGUUCAGUGGCGUAUCUAGGGUGUGGCAGGUGUGGACAGGUGCCAUGGGCGCCAGGUGAACAGGGGCGCCAUUAUGUGGUCGGGUGUGAAUGUGCCAGGUCGGGCACUCAACCUGGCACAUUCAUAAAUGAUCUAAAGCACCCGCCAUUACAGAGGUUGUAGUGUGAAACCUAGUGCGGUCCACACGAAAACGCAUCCCCAAGGACAUCAUGUUAACCAUGUUGCCAUGGGCGCAGGUAGCUCUAGAUACGCCACUGAUUGUGUUAGCAAUUUCCUGACACGCCUUUCUGAUAAGACUAAAUAGAGUUUUGGGGAGGGAAGAGAUAGUUCAGAUAAUUCAAUGAGUGAAUCUCUCAUUCAUACAAACAAUGUGGGGGGAAUGAUUAUGAACAGGGGCGCUGCUAGGAAAUUUUUCAGGGAGUGGCAAGAUCUCGGACCUGGGCGCCACUGCACAGUUCCACAUUAUUUAGGAUAGGUCGUGUGCUGUUUGUGGGUGACGGAACGAAAUAGAGAAGUACAAGAAAUACGGCGGGAACCUUCGGAGAUGUGCAGCCUCAAGCACGUCGGCAGGGCUCUGGCAAAGUAGUCCGGAAAAAAAAGUCUGAAUCGGGGAGGUGCAUCUUUGUGGUGUGUGUGUGUGUGUACCAGGUUUUUUUUUUGUUUGUUUGUUUGUUCUAGGAUAACAGUCCAGUUUACCCAUUUUAAAUUGGCAUUCCCGUUUCAUUCAUUCUUUGCCGUACCUCUAAAAUGUGCCAUAAUUGCAGACACAACUGCAGUUCUUCAUGGGCAAAAUCGUAUGGCUGUGCAUUCAGUAAUUCCUGCGCGCAUAGGAUACCUGCGUCAGCAGUCCUUUUGUGGGUGCCAUUUAGUUGUGUAUGCGGCACGCUUUAGCGUUUGGGUUCAUGGAUGUUCUCAUUGUGUGAAUGUAGUGACCUGUGAUAACCUUUUGUAACUGCUUUUCAUGUGCAAUGCAUUUGUGUGUAUGUGUGUGUACAUAUGAGAAUGUCUAAUGGGGUGAGGGACAUGGAAUUUUCUUAUACAUCAGUGAAAUGCGAGUGAAUGACAACCUAGUCACAGCAAAAGUGUGCAUCUCCCGUUGUACUCAGCAUUUUGUAGCAGGUUCGCAACAAAGCGUGUAUCUUCUGUUUUGUAUUUUUACUGUACUGUUGUCACACUUGCAGGUGUGUUUGGAAUACGUAAAAUGAGCACGUAAUAUUUGACCGCUAAUACUGUGUUGUUGUACUGUGUUCAGUUCGGUGACAAGUGUGCACAACUUUACAUGUGUAUGCGAGUCUCAGUAUUUAUAGUGUACAUUGGUGUGUCACAAGUGCUUUACCAAAGAUUUUGAGAUUGAUUUUGGGGGUUGCUUUUGUGCAAAGAUGAAAAAUGCACAUUAUUUGUUAUAUAUUUUGAAGAUCGACAGUAUUGUUUUGAGAAUAAAAUGGGAUGAAUGUG